AUGUAUCACGGAGGUGGCGGUAGAGCUUCCGGAAGACCUAGAAGUGCUCUGAUUGUUCCUGAAGUGACUGAGCUUCUUUUUGCUCAAUUUAUGUGGUUGGAUUAUGAUAAUCCACCUAAUCCUAUUUAUCUUUACAUUAAUUCAUCCGGAACACAGAAUGACAAAAUGGAGACAGUGGGGUCUGAAACAGAAGCAUACACCAUUGCUGACAUCAUGGCUAUAACAAACACCAAUUUCUUUCAAACAACAGAAGAUCUAGAGUUUAAUUGGAUGAUUGAAGGUGAUGGAUGUAAACUUGAUUAUGGAACUCUCAGUCUACCAACAUUAGAGUUUAAUUGGGCGAUUGAAGGUGAUUUUGGUUCUUGA